ACUGAGUGAACACACACACACACACACACACACGUACAUUCAUACUGAAUAUAUUACCGACAUUUGAUAGAUCACAGGUAGGGAAGGCGUUAUAAUGUUAGUUAAAGUCCUUCCAUGCCAUUUUGGGCAAAUAUGUAUGGAGAAGAGAAGAUUUUGAUAUCCAAGUGACACCCAUUUAUUACUGUUAUAUAUUUUGUUUGUUUCAUUUCCUUCCCCUGUUUGUAUUGGGGUUGAAACGUUUUGUUUUUUUGGAGCAAAACGUUAAUUAGAAGUUGAUCUGGUUUUGGGUGGUGGUGGUGUUUUUUUUCCCUUCUUGUUAAAUCCUCAACCGUGUUGCUCAUGUGUGCACUGGAGCACAGAUUUGGACAGACAGGCUGAAAAAGAGCCAACAAUGAAGGCGGAUUUACUUCCACUUGCAACAUGGCUGCUGCCGCUCAGACCUCAAUGGGAGAAGUUUAGUCCAUGACGCGAAAGAAGUUUUGGUUUUCACGUUCAUUUUCACGUUAGAGGUCAGUACCCUUCUGAAUACCUUCUCUCCUUUUUGGAGAUUUCAACAUCCAAAACUGCGCAGAGAGACACACGCAUAGAGAGAGAGACACACAAGGGCGACUACUCCAUCUGUGAUUACCAGGACUUCACCUUAAUCUACAGACUGGUUACGUGUUACAUCGGAUCGUUGAUCUCAUCUCAUCUCAUCUCAACACAUCUCAUCAUCUCAUUUUUUCAGAGGAGUCAAACAUGCAUUUCUCUAUUCCUGAAACCGAGGUUCGCUCCGGUGAAAACGGAUCUACAUACGUGGCCUACAACAUCCAUGUCAACGGGGUCCUGCACUGCAGAGUGCGCUACAGCCAGCUCUUAGGCCUACAUGAACAGAUUAAGAAAGAGUAUGGAAACAACGUGGUACCUGCCUUCCCCCCAAAGAAGAUCUUUACUCUAACACCUGCAGAGGUGGAGCAGCGUAGAGAGCAGCUGGAGAAGUACAUGCAAGCUGUGCGUCAGGAUCCUCUGCUGGGAGCCAGCGAAAUGUUCAACAGCUUUUUAAGAAAAGCUCAGCAGGAGACACAACAGAUCCCCACUGAAGAGGUCCAGCUGGAGGUGUACUUAUCCAACAGUCAGAAGGUCAAAGUCAACAUUUUGACAUCAGACCAGACUGAAGAUGUCCUUGAGGCAGUUGCCUCGAAACUGGAGUUACCUGAUGAAUUGGUCGGCUAUUUCAGCCUCUUCCUAGUUCAGGAUGGAGCAAACGGAGGCUGCACAUUUGUGAGAAAGCUGCAGGAAUUCGAGCUGCCCUACGUAUCGGUCACCAGCUUGCACGAUCCCGACUACCACAUCGUCCUCCGCAAAAGUUACUGGGACUCGGCAUACGACAGUGAUGUAAUGGAGGAUAGUGUGGGUCUUAACUUGUUAUAUGCUCAGACGGUGUCUGACAUUGAACGAGGCUGGAUUCUUGCCAACAAAGACCAGCACAGACAGCUGAAAUCGCUGCAGGAGAAAGGCUCAAAGAAAGAGUUUAUCAGAUUGGCUCAGACCUUGAAGUACUUUGGCUAUAUCAAGUUUGAUCCGUGCGUCACAGAUUUUCCCGAAAAAGGUUGCCACGUCAUCGUCAGCGCCGGCAACAACGAGCUCAACUUUCACGUCAAGCUGCCCAACAACCAGAUGAAGGAAGGCAGCUUUAAAGUCACACGCAUGAGGUGCUGGCGAGUCACGUCCUCUCAAGUCCCAGUGGCCAAUGGCACGGCUAAUCCCUGCACAUCUGGCAAGUGCGAGGUCAAACUGGAGCUGGCCUUCGAGUAUCUGAUGAGCAAAGAUCGUCUGCAGUGGGUCACCAUCACGAGUCCACAGGCAAUCAUGAUGAGCAUCUGUCUUCAGUCCAUGGUGGAUGAACUGAUGGUGAAGAAGUCUGGGGGAAGCAUCAAGAAAAUGCAGAAGAAACGUCUUAAUGGAUCUAUCCAUCGAUCCAACAGCCAGCAAGCUGUGAAAUCUCCUCUCCUGGAUUCUCCUGAUGCAAAUCAGGAACAAGUAGUGAAACUCUCGACCAAGCUGAGUUCUGUCUCCCUACGGGGGCUCAGCACAUCUAACUCUGCUAAUGAUCUGAGCGGCAGCGAUUUUCAUGGAAACUAUGCCUUCGAGGGCAUCGGGGAUGAUGAUCUGUGAUGCUCCUCUACCCGACUGAAGCACAGCACAGGACAGCCGAGCCAAGCCGAGCAGGGAGGGAACGCGUCCGUUUGUGCAAGAUUCGAACACUCUGUUUGUCCCGCAGCCUCUUUUUUUUUUUUAUUUUUUUCCUCCCCAAUAGUCCAGAACAUUACAAGAUCAAUUUUUAUUAAAGGUCUUGCAUGUAAUGAGGUUUCGGCUUAGCUAGGUGUAGAGCAACGCAUUGUGUGCAAAGGCCAACCCAUGACAAAUCCAGAUUGAAGAUGCACCUUCGAGUGUUAAAUAAAUCAGAUAAAAUCGAUCAAUAGCUGACAGUAAUCCCACUCUGACAUCCUCUUAGUAACCGUGCAACUCUGCUAGCUUUUGUUGCCAGGAUCUGCGUCAUUCCAGUCAACCUCCAAUUCAUUCAUGGCAAUAAAUACGUCUGUGAAUAGGAGUUCAAAAUCCAGAUUCAUUUCAUCAGCGUCUGCAUCAAAGUCAGUGUUGAAUCCGUGCAUCUCUUAAUUGAGGAAAAAACCAAAACGCUACGUUCAGUAUUUUAAACAGUGGAGGCAGAGAUUUUUAAUUUUUUUUUCCUGCAACCAUGAAAGAAGUUCAUUAAAAUUAACGGCUGCGACAUAAGCUGCUUCUGAUGUUAACCUCUACUGAAUAGUACUUCCUCCUACUUUUUUCUUUUUUUAAGAGACUCAAAGCUGUGCUUUCUCAUCCUCUAUGCUGUAACCAAUGAUUAAGCAUACAACGAGCUUCAUGUCUUCUCGAGCUGACGGCUGUAAGGAAAGUAGAUCUGAGAACACUGAUCUGAACGUGUACAAACAGCUGCCUCGAACUCUCCAUGGAGAUUUCCAAUCGAGCCAGUUAGAGGUGCCAACGUCUUGCCAUUUAUUCGUUUUUUUUGGAUUGUUUUGUUUAUUUGCCUGCCUUUUAUCUAACAGGGGUUUUCACUGCUUUCCAAACUCAUCACCACCACCACCACUUUAGUAGUAGUGAAAGGAAACUGUUAUACGGGUUCUGCGUUUAAAACCUCAUCCUAAUUAGAUCACACGUCACACAGAGAGCCACAGAAUGGCCUUUUGUUUGUGGGCUUUUUUUUUUUUCUUCUUUUUUUUAAUUCACGAACUCUUUGCCUUAUAGUAAUUCAACCGCCUUACAUUGCAAGCUUGUCGUUUUUCAACCAGUUUCAGUGUUGGGUCCUUGUCAAUCGUAAGCUCUGGCGCGAAAUCAUGCAGAAUUCAGAACGAUUCUGUUCGUGUUAUGCAGAACCACUUGCACAUGCUAAACCCAUGAGUUUGCACAAUAUUAUACAGACGGAUGGCGCGAUUCAUCACGGAAAACAUUCACAAACCAUAUGCGCAUGGCGAUGAAGUUUUCCUCUCUUUUUCUCUCUCUCGUCUUUGCAACCAAUAUCGUUUUUUUGUGAAAAGUAUUUUUUUUUUCCUCAUAAAUGCCAAAAUUCUAGUUUACUAAAGCAUUUUGCACAAAAAAAAAAAAAACUAUAAAAAAAAAAUCAUGGUAGUCACUUUUCUAAAUGUACAUGCAAAAAAAAGUAUUCUAAAGUAUUCAUUUUACUAAUAUGUAUUAUCAUUAGUAUAUUCUAAUCAAAUUCAGUAGAUCAACUAUAUAUAAGCUGUGUAAAAAAAAAAAAAAAGAAUUAAGAACAUAUAUCACUGUUUACCGAAUUGUAGAAAAUGAAGAGUAGAAUCUGAAAAAGUGUUUACAAAUUCCACAUUUGAAUUUCAAUGGUUGUCUUUUUGUUUUUGUUGUUGAGAAAAUAGACCAUUUUGUGCUUUAUAAAAUAAAUCGUAGCAAUCAUCUCAGAGGACCAGGUGGAAAAGGAGGUUAGGAGGGGACAAAAAAAAAGUUGCAUUUCUGCAAUUCAGGCUGGUGGUGUGUAUGCUUUUUUUUUUUUUUUUCUUUCUCUCUUUAAAUCUUUGCAUGGCCAAAUUGUCAAUCUGAUCGAACGAGAACCUUCAUUCCAGCGACGUUUUUACCCGAUACGAUGGGAACAAGACUGAUCCGAGUUUUGAAUGAAUGUUUUCUUAUAUUCGAGUAUCCACUUUAGUAUGUUCACCAGCAUAUAUACAAGGAGGUUUAAUAGUAUAUAUUAUUAAUGUCACACAGAGCCUAGCAGUUCUCUCAAAGCAAUGUCAUGGAUUUCAAUAAAUGUAGGUGCCAAAUCUCUGCA